CCGACAAAGACUACUGGCAGCUAAAAUCUACCCUCGAUGAUAUACGUGCCAAGUACGGCCUCUCUGGUGGUUCUCGUAUAAAAGACCACAAUCUCGAUGUCCACUCCGAUCUCGAAAUCGAUGUUACACCUCCCGCCGAUAUUAAGAAGUUGGCUCAGAUUAACAACUUGCUCGAGACAGCUUCGAAAGAUAUCCAAUGGUAUAUCUCAGAAACCGAAAAUAAUACCAAGGUAGACAAGAAAGUGUGGCUGGCAGAGGAUGACGAUUUGAGUGGAAAUAGAGAUGAAGCCAUUAAAGCGUAUAGGGAGAGCACGGUAAUGGCAAACAGUACGCUUCUUCACGUGUACGAUUUGGAAGAGUCAGUUGAGCAAAAACCUCCGGGAUUCCAACACGUUCAUUAG